UCUCUGCGAUUCCUGCCCCUUUGCUCCAAGACAGAGCCCGGUGUGUGUUCUGCUGCCCCUCACACCCAGCUUUCCUAAAGCAGGCCAGUCUUUAGGUUUGGAAUCCUUUUGUGUGUGUACUUGAGGAGCUUGUUAACAUGCCCUUGGCCUGGGCCUGGGAACCUGCCUUUUAACAGGGUCUCAGAGGGCUGCCCCUCAUGGUGUCCAGGGCCCCUUGCCUUUGCUGCCAGAUCCAGCCAGGGUGACCAGAUGAAGCCUUCCUUCUCCGUCCUCUCUGCAGACACACCAAGAUGAAGACAGCUACCAACAUUUACAUCUUUAACCUGGCCCUGGCAGAUACCUUGGUGCUGCUGACACUGCCCUUCCAGGGCACAGACGUCCUCCUGGGCUUCUGGCCAUUUGGGAAUGCCCUGUGCAAGACGGUCAUUGCCAUCGACUAUUACAACAUGUUCACCAGCACCUUCACACUGACUGCCAUGAGCGUGGACCGCUAUGUAGCCAUUUGCCACCCCAUCCGCGCCCUCGACGUCCGCACGUCCAGCAAGGCCCAGGCUGUCAAUGUGGCAAUCUGGGCCCUGGCCUCUGUCGUGGGCAUUCCUGUUGCCAUCAUGGGCUCAGCCCAGGUCGAGGAUGAGGAGAUCGAGUGUCUGGUGGAGGUCCCCGCCCCACAGGACUACUGGGGCCCCCUGUUUGCUGUCUGCAUCUUCCUCUUCUCCUUCAUCAUCCCCGUGUUCAUCAUUUCCGUCUGCUACAGCCUCAUGAUCCGGCGGCUGCGCGGCGUCCGCCUGCUCUCCGGGUCCCGUGAGAAGGACCGGAACCUGCGGCGCAUCACGCGGCUGGUGCUGGUGGUGGUGGCAGUGUUCGUGGGCUGCUGGACGCCUGUCCAGGUCUUUGUGCUGGUUCAAGGGCUGGGGGUUCAGCCGGGCAGUGAGACCGCAGUGGCUAUCCUGCGUUUCUGCACAGCCCUCGGCUACGUGAACAGCUGCCUCAAUCCCAUCCUCUACGCCUUCCUGGACGAGAACUUCAAGGCCUGCUUCCGGAAGUUCUGCUGCGCGUCUGCCCUGCGCCGCGAGGUGCCGGUGUCUGACCGUGUGCGCAGCAUUGCCAAGGAUGUGGCCCUCGCUUGCAAGACCUCUGAGACAGUACCGCGGCCCGCAUGACUAGGCGUGGACCUGCCCAUGGUGUCUGUCAGCCCGCAGAGCCCGUCCACACCCAACACGGAGCUCACCCAGGUCACUGCUCUCUAGGCUGAGGCACCUGAGCCCUGAGCAUUACCAGCCCUGGCCGCUUUCCCUCUGGCCCAGAGAGCCUGGUGACGUCACGGGACAGGUCAGAGCAUUAGGGCUUCCUCUUGGACCCGGUCACACUAAAUCUUCCCUCCAGGUGCAGUGGGGGCUCAAGGACCCACCAGUGAGUAUGCCUGGCGCUUCAUGGGACUCUACCGGCCUCUCCCCUGCUGCACCCUCUGGGUGGGCACACACCUGGAGGUGUGCCCCUGCGCUGUGUGCUGUUGUCAUGGAAAUGCCGUGUCUCCUCAGGCAGCUGGACAUGCUUGACGCUGCCUGGGGGAGCCCAGCAGGCAUCUCGGGGCGCUGGGACUCGCCCUGAGCUUGGAGCUGCUGAUGUGGACUUGCCUGAGCUGCGUACUAGAGCCGCUUAAUUGCCCCGACUCCCAGGUCCCUUCAGAUGCUGCUCAGCGAGCCUUUUCCCUCCAGAAGGGCAAUGAACCAUCUUGCGCAGGGGUGGCCUUCCAAGUGUGCGGAGGCUGCUGGGGGGCAUCACGUGACCACCACAGGCUGUUCUGUCAUUCUUAAAGCGGCCCUGUACCUUGUCUUGGUUGCUUGGUGCCAGGGGGUCCGUGUGACUUACCCAGGCCCUCCCUCAUAGUCUCUCUUUUCUUUGAAAUCAGAGGUGAGCUGCUCUGCAGCUGGCAGGACCCUGCAUCCUAUCUGGGUCCUGGUGGCCUUGGAAGAGUGGCAGCCACAAUGGGUUUUGCUCUGCAUCCCCAGUGACUGACCCCCUGCUUUAUUUACAGGUGUCUGUGGGGCAGCCUGAACGUUCCGCUGCCAGGACUUGUCUUAAGCUGAGCCAAAUCAGACGGUUUCACCUUCAGAGCCGGGUUAAGAGUGAGGCCAAGCUGUGAGGACUUUCUGGGCUGUGGGGACACUGACACUGGUGUGUGUGUGGGGUGUCUCCCUGCUGUGGUCACUGGAGAAGCACCGUCCCCAAGCUGCAGAUGGAAGCUGCGGGUUCCCGCAACAUUGAGGAGACUCCAUUCCGCCUCCACCUGUGAGCGGAGCGCAGCCCUGGCCAUGUGGCCUUAGGCGCCUGUAAAGGACAGGAAGUGCUGACCCUGGGCUGGCUUCUGCUUGGGGAGCCCUGGCCCGCAGGGCUGUUCCUGAGGACUUGCACCUCCCUAGCUUCAGUGCUUUCUUAUCAAGGCUGAAAGAUUUGUGAACCUGCCUGCCUGUGCAACAUAGCUCAUGUAUUUGUGCAUGCAACAAGUGUCACUGCCCCUGCACGGAACCAACCUGAACCUAGGACCCCAACGUGGGGCCAUAAUAAAACCCUGCCCACUGA